CAAGACAAUAGAUCCAAUUCAUUUGUAUCCGAUGAUAGUAAUAGACACCAGUAAAUCUAAGCCGUCAAACGCCUGGUGAUAAACUUCAAAAACCCUAAGCCCAGAAUUUGCAUUGCUGAAAGCCUAUAUCGAGCCGAGCCUCUCCGUGUGUGUUGUCGGUCGGACGCAAGUCACUAGUGCGCUCGCCGGGAGUUAAUCGCCGGUACGUCUUCCCUGUGUUUGCAUUUAGAUCCGUGAAGAUGUAUACAUCUUUGACGAAAAUUCGCAAGGACAAGGCUGCCGAACCUACUGAAUUCGAGGAGUCCGUUGCACAGGCUUUGUUUGAUUUGGAAAAUACCAAUCAAGAGCUCAAGAGUGAUUUGAAGGACCUGUACAUCAAUUCUGCCCUACAAAUUGAUGUCUCUGGAAACAGAAAGGCUGUGGUUAUCCAUGUGCCAUACAGACUGAGAAAGGCUUUCCGCAAAAUUCAUGUAAGGCUUGUCAGGGAGCUGGAAAAAAAAUUCAGCGGGAAGGAUGUGAUUGUAAUUGCUACACGAAGGAUUGUGAGGCCCCCAAAGAAAGGGGCUGCUGUUCAGAGACCACGCAGCAGGACGCUCACUGCUGUCCAUGAGGCCAUAUUGGAGGAUGUUGUUGUCCCUGCUGAAAUUGUUGGCAAGCGUGUUAGGUAUCGAAUUGAUGGAUCCAAGAUAAUGAAGGUCCUCUUGGACCCGAAGCAGAAGAAUGACACAGAAUACAAGCUGGAAACGUUUUCUGCUGUAUACCGGAAGCUUUCCGGAAAAGAUGUUGUCUUUGAGUACCCCAUUGCUGAGGCUUAGAUCUGUUUUACCAUAUUUUUGGCAUUGUUAGUUGUUACUGAUGUGGACUGGAUGUGGCAAUAUAUUGGAGUUUGUAGUUUUGUUUUGUUUUGUUUAGAAAGCAAGGCUGCAUCGGAUUAAAAUGUCAUCUACAUUAAGGUGUUUCUUUGUCCAAAUUUUUUCAUUAUGCGUACUAUUCCAUUAUUGUAUUGCUAAUGAAUUUUGAGAUUACAUUAUCAUGUUCGGGUGUUUUACCUUUUAAACUGUUCUAUGGGGUAGGGUCUUAGUGAUAGGUUGGAUAUUCGUUUUUCUUGACUAGUCCGAAUUUGUAGCAUUGGACCCAAAUGCUGAAGUACCAAGACCUGUGGUCUGAGUUUGUAGCUUUUAAGUCUUUACAGCGGAAAAGCUGAUAUGAUUUUUAAAUGUAAUUUUCAUAAAAUUGCUUAUUCGCUUGUGUAAUGGUGUAAGCCAACUUCGUCAAUUAGAACAAGAGUUUUUAUUUGUAGAAAUUGCCAGGUUUUGAUUAGUCUGUUAUCAAGUAUUCCAAAGAAAGAGCCUCUUAAGGAUGUUUUUAUUUAGAUGUUUUUAGUACUAGACCAAAAAGGUCUAUUGAGUCCAUGUACUUGUUUUUUGAGU